AUGUCCCAGUAUCCAGACGAAGAGCUCCCCACAGAAACGUGGUCCUUGCAAGAAUUCGUCAACUACGCGGAAGCCAUCAUCCACCAGGGAGCGGCGACGCGGGCUAUUCCAGCCUUCGUGAAGUUCGCUCUUGCCGGCAGAAUAUCCACAGCUCAAGGUGAAAAGCGAAUCAAUAUCGAUGUCUUCAAAGAUUGCAUAUCACUCAGCGACCUCAGCAAUAUCACGCUCACUCGAGACUUUGACUCUCUCAUCGGUGUUACAACCAACUUGCCCUUCCGAAUACCUCUCGCUGUCUACCCCGCCGCGCCAUUCAGGGAUAGUCUAGCAAAGUCCAACCAUCUGAAAAAGUUCAUACAUUUAUCGCAAUGGGAUCGCCCAAUGAAGGUGGACCUACACAAGAUCCCCAACAUCUGUCUUUCCACAGCCGAACUGCGUCAGAAGACUCUGGUCUUCUUCCCUCACAUGUACCAGCGUGGAGAAGACCAGCGGGUCACCAGUGAGGAAUUGGAGAUGUUCUACGACAAUUGCCUUAGGCCUGCGGUUGCAACUGUGCUCCCCCAGUCCAUUUCUCACUGGCCGGUUAACUAUCGUGCAUGCCUUAUGUCCAUGAGAGACGAAAGACAACAAUUUCACUUCAGCAGACACGACAUCCCCCCUCAUCUUCUUUCUGUCUUCUGUGAUGCACUCAGGAACAAUCUAGAUCGCCACACAUACUUCAAGAACAGCUUCUUUGUUCACGAGUGGCGAGGAACCAAAUCAGCUACUUUACAUUCCCCAGAAGAUACAGAUGCAUGCGACCAGGCUUUAGAAGAUACCUUCAAGAUUAUCGAUAGGGAUAACAUGUUUCAUGCCGAAAAUGAAUGGUAUAUCGAUAUCGGGCUGGAGAUCCAAUCGCCUGACUUAGUACUCCAGUGGAGAACAAAGAACCUGUAUCAAUCGUCUCAGCUGCCGUUCCGUUGCGCCAUAGUGAAGACUGCAUCCCCUUCAACCUGGGAGACCACCUUUUUUAACCGAUUUUUCCCAACCACCGAUAUGCAGAAACAACGGCCGAAGACCACUUACCAUUAUGGCUCGUGCAGUUACUGGACGCGAUGGCUGGUCCUCACGGCCAAAGUGAGAAUAGGCGGCCAAAAAACUAUACGUGGAAAACUGCUCGUUCAGUUCCGUGAGCUGACAUGGCUGCCAUGGUCAUCCAGUGACCGUAUUUGGGCAACAGGGAGUUCCGACAAGGGGACAUAUAUCAAGCUUCCGGAAGGGUACAGAGAUAUCUGUCCCAAGAUAGCUAUUAAUGAGCGCAGAGAGGCAAACCUUGCGAAUAUUACCUUGUAG